AUACUAUUCUAAAUCGCAGAAAAUUUUACGCUUGAAAAUUGAAAAAACAAAUAUUUUCCUAGCAUGUAUAUAAAACAGAAGCGGGUUAUUUGUUACGUUUAUUAAUUACAUUCGGUAUGGCUUACCACAAAACUAAUUUAUGGCUGCUUAUUGUCGCGGUAUUACCAGUACUGCGGAGCCAGCCGUUAGAAGAACAGCCUGUACAAGACAAAACAGUGCCUCCAGUAGCGAAAAUCCAAGAAAACCAUAAUACUUCAAAUGAAAAUGCAACAGACGAGAGCUAUGUGGAAGAGACUUACAUUGAAGUCUUACUGCCUGGGAUUCCUCAAGUAAACUCGAGCCUUCUACAGUCUUUGCUGAACUCCUCUUUUGAAUCUACCGCGUCCACCACAGAGAACACGGAUUCGAAUGAGCGUCCCAAACGUGAAAAUGAACAGAAAUUAACUCCUCUGGCGAGUUUCCAGGCGGGAAAGGACAGUACGGUGAUACCUCCUAAGAACCAGGAAGAAUCGACUAAAAAUCCGAUUCGGGUCGCCAGAGAUGUUGGUGGUGAAAAGGCAACGCCGCAACAGUCGAGUACCAGUACCGAAUCGGUUGUAUAUAUAACACCACAAAAGCCUAUAAAGUAAUAAAUGACAAGUAGUAUACUUUUAUAAUAUUAUAUACCUAUUAUAUUGAAAGCCAAAAUACGUCUUAAUAUCAGAAGAAUACAAAACCUUACAGAUAAAGCCUCAGGUAAUUAUAGUGUAACAGCUAAGCAAUACUAUGUAUACUUAAAUAGCAAAAGCAAACAAAAUAAAAUGUAUGGUCACGAAAAAAAUUGAAAACAUUAAACGUGAUAAUCUACUUA